AUGAAUAUUGACGUGAUAAGACCCGCCAGCAGGCUCAAUUCGUCGAGCCCGGUCAAAAUCACGGCGGUAUAUUAUGACAAGGAGAAGCUCUAUGUGGGGUUUGCCUCGGGUGACUUCAGUAUCUACGAUGUGGACAUUAUCACGGAGUCUGACCAACGGAAAGCUCCUCUGAUAACUUCGUUCAAAUCCCUUACCGACAUACGAACGUAUUUCAUGGACACGAAAAGUUCCAACUUCCACCAUGACAUGACAUUUCCGAAUGUCAAUGGCGAUAGCACACCCGUAAGUCGAAUCGAAAUUGUGUCCAACAAUUCUUCUACGAAUAGGAUCAUCUUUGCGAUAACCAAUAACGACAUUAUCCGGAUUUUUGAGAAAAUAGGGAACCACUUGAAUCUUAUUCAAGUGAUGGAUGAAACAAAGGCAUAUCAUGAGUUGUUGGUGUAUGAAGUUAACGGUAAGAAACACAUGACUGUGGGAGUUAAGAAGAAACUCAUUAUAUUUGAGAUGGUGUACAAAACACGAAACUUAUUCCGGUUCAACAAGAUUAGUGAACAGUCGUUGAAGGAAAGAGUCAAGGCUAUAAGUUGCAUGAAUCUCCAACUAGGGUUGCAUUUAAUUAUUGGACUUUCUAAUGAUUUUCUAUUGGUGGAUGUUAAUGAUGACUUUAGAAUCACUGGCCUAUUUCCUGAGAACAGCGACAAUAACGAAAUGUACUAUUAUUUCAACCACAGUACAUUCAGCUACUUUGGUCUCAGUAGCAGUGGUCCAUCUAUACGGAUUUUAAAGGCCAAUGAAGAUGAAUAUUGCCUUAUCAAAGAUAAUCAGAUCAUCAUUUUGUCGUCUAAGGAUUCGGCCAUAUCUGUCAAAGAAAGUAAUGUCAAAUUGUCAGCAUCUCCUGUGUUUCUAUCCUUCAUCUACCCCUCUUAUUUGUUGGUGGUAUAUAAUAAAAAAGUGGAAAUAAUAGACUUGGAGCUGGGAGAGUUGGUACAAAAAAUCCAUCACCAAAUAAACUCCAACAGCAUUCCUGUAUUCGUGAAUGACGCAUUCAUUUUCCUUGGAGCCAACACUGAUUUGAUACAAUUCAACAUUUUGAAUUUCCAGCAACAGAUAGACCAAUAUCUCAGAUUUGGUUUCGGCGACGAUAGAAGAAACUCAAAAAAAGACCCCAAGACUGACUUGGCUUUAGUUGGUCUUCAAAGGGCCCUUAAGUUCGUCGAGAAAAUUGACGAAGAAGAUGAAUUCUUUGGUGGUUCUCGUGUGGGAAAGGAGAAGAAGAAGCAGUUGAUGCUAAGAGACUUAAAUAAGCAAAGAGCAUUUAUCUUAUUCGAACGAUAUGGAAAGUACCAUGAGUCCUUGAUAGAGAUUUGCAGCGACUGGUUGGUAUCAUAUAAGGAUGUGUUAGAUCUCUUCCCCGAUUUCUUAAAGCGGGAGUUUUAUGAUCGGUCCAAUGCCACCAUCGCCAAUGAAGCUCUUAAAAAUACUCGAAACGUCGUCAAGAAAAUUACUCUCGACGAGCUCCAGCAAAGUAAGUUGAAUGCAUUGACAACAGCUGAUUCAGCCACCGAAGUGGAGAAUGACAGGCUGUCAAAAGCCACUUUAACGAGCAGAAUGCCCAGUACUAUAUUUGGACAGACUAAGUCCCAAAACCUAAGAAAGUUUGGAAAAGCCAUCAACAACUUAAUCAUAUAUUUAACAGACCAACGUCGUAUUCAUUUGGCUUUUCUAAAUGAUGAAGGAUUCUUCUGGAAAGGUAUCAAUAUCACUCCUGUGGAUUUGUAUGAUUUCAUUACUCCAGAACUAAUGACAUCAUCUUUGAACCAAAUUGCUAUAGAGAUUGAUACUUGUUUAUUCCUUUGCUACUUCUAUUGCAAACCAAUGCUCCUAGGACCAUUACUAAGGCUCCCCAAUAACUGUUGUGAUGCCAGUAUCGUUAACCAGUGUUUACUUUCCAAUCACGAUAGUGACAAUAACUUUCUCAAAGAGCUAUUGGACUUUUAUUUCGGAAGAAAGCUACAUAAGGAAGCCUUGGAAAUGCUUUACAAGCUUGCCCACGAAGAUAAUGAUAAUGAAGCUCUAGAGUCUGGUGGAAUAUCACACCUCACCAUUCAAUAUUUGCAAAAGCUUGGAAAUAUCGAGCUUGGUCUUGUGUUUGAGCAUUCCAAAUGGUUACUCACUGAUCCUGACCAGGACCCCAUGUUAAAUGGGAAGUUAAUAUUCAUGAACGAGACUUACGAGUGUGAAAGCUAUGAUAAUUUCAAAGUUCUUGAGUAUUUCGUUGAGGUAAUUUGCAGCGAAGAGUUGGCUGUUGAAUAUCUCGAAUGGAUAAUAUUUGAAAGUGACUUCAAUGAUCAACCAAACAAGCAACAUAUAAUGCCCAAGUUUCAUACAAAACUUUGUUUAAUGUACUUGAACAUCCUCAAGGAGAUGGAUAGAAAUGAUGCUGGAUUCGAAACCAGUGAACCAUACCAGAAACUUUACAAGUUUCUUCAGACAACGUCUCUAUAUGAGCCAUGGACGGUACUCAAACAUAUUCCCACCAACGAAGUGAAAUUAUUACGGUUUACCAUAUUCAUAUACAAAAGAUUGGGUGAACAUGAUAAAGCUAUUGAUGUGUUGUACGGUCAGCUAGAUGAUCUUGAUUCAGCCAUCAAAUAUUGUUCAGACAUUUACACGGAGAACAACAAAGACCUUGGAACUAAGCUACUUCACAAAUUACUUGAAGACUUAUUGAUGAACUAUACGGAAAACACGGACUCAAUAUCUAAGCUUUUGAAGUCUCAAGGGUCUAAAAUGGACACUUUGAGAGUUCUUACCAGUCUUCCACCAUCUUUCCCAGUCAGGAAGCUUGACAGGUUUUUGAGCAAUCAGUACAGAAUGAGCAAGAAAACAUUGGUGGAUAGUCGGUUAGCCAGUCAAUUAUACAAAGUGGGAAAUAUAAAGCUCCAACAUGAAUUGCUCAUGAGACUGAAUAAAAGCUACACAAUUGAAAGCAGUAAGAAAUUAUGCCCCAUCUGCAAAAAACGAUUGGGAUACAGUGUUUUCACAGUGAGAAAUGACCAAAUCGUCCAUUAUGCAUGCUACCAAACCGAAGUCGGUAACUAA